CUACUAUCUUCACUGUGCGGAGAGAGAGAGAGAGAGAGAGAGAUGGGGAGGAAAGAAGAGGAUGGAGUGGAGAGAUUGAAGGGAGGUGUGGUGGUGGUGAACCCAACGCCGCAGAGUGGUAUCGCUGCCAAGGCGAUAGAUUGGUUGGAGUGGGCGAUCGUGAAGGUGAUGCACGAUUCUUCCAAGCCGCUUCACUAUCUUUCUGGUAAUUUCGCUCCAGCUCCUGAAGAAACCCCUCCUUGCAAGGAUCUUCCUGUCUCUGGCCACCUCCCUGAAUGCCUAAAUGGUGAGUUUGUCAGGGUUGGUCCGAAUCCAAAAUUUCCUCCAGUGGCCGGGUAUCAUUGGUUUGAUGGAGAUGGAAUGAUUCAUGGCUUGCGCAUUAAAGAUGGAAAAGCAACAUAUGUCUCUCGUUUUGUGAAGACAUCACGUCUUAAGCAAGAACAGUUUUUUGGAGGAGCUAAGUUUAUGAAGAUUGGAGAUCUUAAAGGGUUGUUCGGAUUGCUUUCGGUUUUCAUUCAAACAUUAAGAACAAAGCUCAAAGUAUUAGAUAUUUCCUAUGGAACAAGCACUGCCAAUACAGCUUUAAUCUAUCACCAUGGGAAGCUUUUGGCACUUUCAGAGGCUGAUAAACCAUAUGUAGUUAAAGUUUUGGAGGAUGGAGAUCUACAAACUCUUGGCAUGCUGGAUUAUGACAAAAGAUUGUCACAUUCCUUCACUGCUCAUCCAAAGGUUGACCCAGUGACUGGGGAGAUGUUUACGUUUGGCUAUUCUCAUACACCACCUUAUGUCACAUACAGAGUUGUAUCUAAGGAUGGUAUAAUGCAUGAACCAGUUCCAAUAACAGUACCAGAACCAAUCAUGAUGCAUGAUUUUGCAAUUACUGAAAAUUAUGCGAUUUUCAUGGAUCUCCCUCUGUAUUUCAGACCAAAGGAAAUGGUUAAAAACAAAGAGUUCAUAUUCAAAUUCGACAGUACAAAAAAGGCUCGCUUUGGAGUACUUCCACGCUAUGCAAAGAAUGAACUGGCUAUCCAAUGGUUUGAGCUUCCUAACUGCUUCAUAUUUCACAAUGCCAAUGCAUGGGAGGAGGGAGAUGAAAUUGUUUUGAUCACAUGCCGCCUUGAGAAUCUAGAUCUAGACAUGGUUAAUGGAACUGCCGAAGAAGCUCUUGAGAAUUUUGCAAACGAGCUGUAUGAAAUGAGAUUUAACAUGAAAAGCUGUCUAGCAACACAGAAGAAAUUAUCCGAGUCUGCUGUUGAUUUUCCACGGGUGAAUGAGAAUUACACUGGCAGGAAACAAAGAUAUGUAUAUGGGACCAUAUUAAACAGCAUUGCAAAGGUCAAGGGGAUCGUCAAAUUUGAUUUGCAUGCUGAACCACAGACUGGAAAAACACAGCUUGAAGUUGGAGGAAAUGUUCAAGGCAUCUUUGACCUAGGACCUGGCAGAUUUGGUUCUGAAGCUAUCUUUGUUCCCCGUCAGCAAGGUACCUCUUGUGAAGAGGAUGAUGGCUACUUGAUAUUCUUUGUACACGAUGAAAACACCGGAAAAUCAGGAGUGUAUGUAAUUGAUGCAAAAACAAUGUCAGCUGAUCCCGUUGCAGUGGUUGAUUUACCUAAACGAGUUCCAUAUGGAUUCCAUGCCUUCUUUGUGACUGAGGAACAACUUAAAACUCAAGCAGAAAUUUGAGACCAAAGGUUGCUGACUCAAUCUAGUUAAAGCAAGCAUAGAAGUGCUUGGGCAAGCUUUUCUUGUUAAGUAUAACUCUGUCAGCUGCAGUAACUGAACUGCUAUAUUGCUAUCUAUUUCUGUAUAUAAAAUGCCCAUUGUAAAGAACACAUGCAACUUCCAAAGCUUGUUUGACUAAGUAAUCCUUGUAAACAAACCAAAUCUUAAGAUUCUGUGACAUUAAAACUACAACUGUUGAUGUUUCA